AUGGCCGCGGGAAUGUUGAAGACGACGAUCCUCAUCAAGCCGAACGGAUCAAAUGUGGAGAGAGUGCGGAAUUUUAACAAUGACCAUCGUCUUAGUACUAGAUUAAUUGCCGAUGAACUGAGACUUAGUCAGAGUACGGUGUGGUGGAUUGCGACGGAGAAUCUGGUGAUGCGAAAAGUGUGUGCCAAACUGGUGUCAAAAGUUUUGUCGGUGGAUCAAAAGAAAUGGAGCAUGACCGUUUGCCAGGAAAUGCUCAAACGGUUGAAUGUUGAUCCGAACUUUCUGGAGAAAGUGGUUAUUGGUGAUGAGACCUGGGUCUACGAGUACGAUCCUGAGUCGAAGCGUCGAAGCUCAGAAUGGCACACUGCUUCCUCGCCGAAGCCCAAGAAAGCUCGCAUGAGCAAAUCGCGUGUGCAUGUUGAUUGCUAUUUUAUGGUAAAAGAGUGA